CUGAUUGAACCUACAAGCCUUAAUCAACGCCGUCCGCUCUUCUAAACAGUGAAGUCCAUGGCUUCGAGACCCACGCUCUCACAAUAGCCAUCCAUGGCGACGGCGGAAGCGCAUCUUCUCCGGCUGGUGAUAAGCUGCCGGAAGCUAACGGCACAAGUCACGAACGGCGCGACGGAUACAAUUGUCGCAAUGGCGUCUUCAGGUGAACAGGAAUUCGCUGCCGCGACCCGCGCCAGGAUCUAUCGCCAUCCGCACUCCCGACGCUUCUGGGACGAACGGGUCGCUGCACGCGUCGGAGAGAAGCUCGCCGUUCGCCUCCGCCAGAUCGGCGUCUCCGACGUCCGCCUCCACCUUGAAGACGGCAACCAAGAGCCCCUCUCAUUGCCUCACCAUUACCGACGGCCGAUCGCUUCCCUGUUUUACUCUGUGGAGCGGGCUGGCGUCCGUGUUGAUGGUGCUGAUGAACUCCGAUGCGAUCGUGAUCUCCCGGCCGGGUAAGUUUUUUACUUGUUACGGCCUCUGUCCGACCUGUGUUAGGGUUUCAGAAUUGGACUUAUUCGGAGGCGUUCUUGUGUUUUGAAUUGAAUUUGAGCAUACGUUUUUUUAAUUUAUUCAUAAAAUUAUGAUAUUAUGUGAAUAUUACAAUAAUUUUUUAAGCAUUGAAGUUGCAUUGGUUAUAUCUAUGAAGAGAAUUUAAAAUU